GUCUUGUCCCUAUAAAACCAAAGCCAGAAGCUUGGAAUCGACAGGCACAAAGCCAUUAACGCACCCCUCUCUCUCUCUCUCUCUCUCUCUCUGUUCUGCAUUUCAUUUACGUUCACGAAUCAAAUCCUAGAUAUUUUUUCUUUUUCUCGCAUGCCAAACGCGCAUUUUCUUCUCUCUUCAGCUCAUAAUCGUGGAUAAGAUUUCGAAACCUGAUUGAAGUUACCACAUAAAAAAGGUACAGAGUGAGAGAGAGCUGUCUGAGCUGCUUUUGGAAGCAGGGUUUUGUGUUGAAUUAUUCGAAUUCCAGCCAUUUCAUAGCGUGUCUUUGAUUUUUGUUCUCCAUUACUCGCCUCAACUGCCUCCUUACGUGUUUCAAUUCACGAAAAGCUUCUGGAUACUUCAUUCUUCAUUAGCAGUAGUCGUAAUAACUUCUCAAGUAAUUUUCUUAUUGUCGAUCGGCGAUUGUCUCAGCGAAAUGGAGUCUGUACGCACCACGAGUAAUCCCCAACUGCGCAGAGGUCUUUCCUAUUCAGAUGCCGAGAGAAAGCCAUCUGUCAUUGUCAUUGGCGGGGGUAUGGCUGGAAUUGCAGCUGCUCGUGCUCUUCAUGAUGCCUCAUUUCAGGUUGUCCUGUUGGAAUCACGGGAAAGGAUUGGUGGUCGUGUUUGUACAGAUUACUCCUUUGGUUUUCCAAUUGACUUGGGUGCAUCAUGGUUGCAUGGAGUAGGCAAAGAGAAUCCCUUGGCACCAUUGAUUGGGAGACUAGGGCUACCAUUAUAUCGUACCAGUGGUGAUAACUCUGUUUUGUAUGAUCAUGACUUGGAAAGCUAUGCGCUCUUUGAUAUGGAUGGGAAUCAAGUACCUCAGGAUUUAGUCACUAAAGUCGGUGAAGCAUUUGAGAGCAUUUUGGAGGAGACAGAUAAAAUAAGACAGGAAUCUAGCGAAGACAUGUCCAUAUCCCGUGCCUUUUCGAUUGUUUUUGCAAGGAGCCCAGAAUUGAGGUUGGAGGGGCUUGCCCAUGAUGUCCUUCAGUGGUACUUAUGUAGAAUGGAAGGCUGGUUUGCUGCGGAUGCUGAUACCAUCUCACUAAAAUGUUGGGAUCAGGAAGAACUACUCCCUGGUGGUCAUGGGCUUAUGGUAAGGGGCUACAUUCCAGUUAUAAACACUCUUGCCAAAGGUCUCAACAUCCAUUUGGGCCACAGGGUUACAAAGAUUGUAAGACGUUAUAAUGGAGUAAAGGUAACGGUAGAAAAUGGGAAAACAUUUGUUGCAGAUGCCGCCAUUGUUGCUAUACCACUUGGGGUGCUGAAAACAAAAAGCAUAAAGUUUGAGCCAAAGCUCCCUGAGUGGAAGGAAACAGCCAUUGCUGACCUUGGUGUAGGGAUUGAAAAUAAAAUAGUUUUGCACUUUGAAAAGGUGUUCUGGCCAAAUGUGGAGUUCUUGGGUGUAGUUGCAGAGACGUCUUACGCGUGCAGCUACUUCCUAAAUCUUCACAAGGCUACUGGUCACUCUGUCCUGGUUUACAUGCCCUCAGGGCGGCUAGCCAAAGACAUUGAGAAAAUGUCUGAUGAAGCUGCUACUAAUUUUGCUUUCAUGCAACUCAAGAGGAUCCUUCCAAAUGCUUGUGCCCCAAUUCAGUAUCUUGUUUCUCGGUGGGGCUCAGACAUUGACUCACUUGGCUCCUAUAGCUAUGAUACAGUAGGCAAAUCCCAUGAUCUGUUUGAGAGGUUAAGGAUCCCGGUGGAUAACCUAUUCUUUGCAGGGGAGGCUACUAGCUCAAACUUCCCAGGGUCCGUGCAUGGUGCUUUCUCAACCGGAUUGAUGGCUGCUGAAGAUUGCCGGAUGCGGGUCUUGGAACGUUAUGGGGAGUUGGAUCUGUUCCAGCCAGUCAUGGGUGAGGAGACACCAAUGUCUAUCCCAUUAUUGAUCUCCCGAAUGUAACUAUUAGGGUACACCGCCUCCAUAUCUUAUUAAGGAUACAGUAGAUAUGUUAAUUAGGGGAUCCGAUUAACACAUUAUUGCCAUUUUGAUUGGCUCUGAUGGGAAAUGGAAAUGCAUUUUCCAUGGACUGACGAGUCAAAUGUUGGUUGAUGUUUAAUAGUCUUUUCGUGUGACAUAAUAGUUAUAAUUCUUGCGACUGUCAGUAAAAUGAAUCUAGUAAUUAGAAAGUAUGCUAA